AUGAGGGGAGGGAGAGCCAGAUUAAACUCUCCCGAUGUGAUUCACUCUGUGUGUCAUUGGUAGAAAAGGCACAGCGGUGGACAAGGGCUUCGGAGAGUUGCCGCAACCUCUCAACUCCCAAGGACAGCGACAGUGAUCCCAGCCGACUUCUUUUCUCUUGGCGCUCCGGUGGCUCCUGCCCCCCCCUCCCACCCCGCCCGCCCGUCCACCCCUUCUUGGGAUUUCUGCCUCUUGGCCAACGUGGCCCUCGUCGCGCCAUGAUUUCUGGCCGCACGAUUAUCUUGUCCUGUUGAGGAUGCCUGCCACACGCGCGGAUGUUGACAUUAACCCCGCCCACUUUGACUCGUACCAGCUUCAUCGGGUCUAAUCAAACAUCGUACCUUUUGGAAUCGGGAUGCAGAAUCCAGCCUCCUUCUAUAAAGCGGACGACGGCAGAGUGUCUUCUUCCCCCACCCGGCCGAGCUCGUCGCUCUCCGGACAGGUCUACUCUCCCACCCCGUCGGCCACCGGCAGCAGCAUCAAUAACAACAGAGUAGCACCCAGAAUAGACUCUUCUCUCUUCAACAAAACCGAUGAGAGGCUGAGGCUGGCCCGAGAACGUCGAGAGGAACGUGAAAAGCAGAAUGCCGCCAAGGAGGCUCAGUGGCAGGCGCGAGAGGAGCGCGCCAGGCAGCACUACGAGAAGCACCUGGAGGAGAGGAGGAGGAAACUGGAGGAGCAGCGGAUAAAGGAGGAGCAGAGACGCUUGGCUGUGGAGGAGAAGCGACGGCAGAAGCUGGAGGAAGACAAGGUUCGUCAUGAGGCGGUGAUGCGGCGGACGAUGGAGCGUGCUCAGGCGAGCAGACCCAAGCACAACCGCUGGUCCUGGGGUGGCCCGCUGCAUCCCACCAGCCCCAUCACGCCGACCGGUUUUGUCGAGUCCGCUCGCCUCUUUCCGUUCGACCUUGCUGGACUGGAGCACGUGCCGAGUGCUUUCAGUGUCCACAGUGGACACCGUAUGAGAUCCCAAUAUGCUGACAGAAGGUCGGUGUCCACAGUGAAUUUAUCCAAACAGCACGACGCCGUCAUUAGCAAGCGGCUGUCCUCGUCCUCCGCCACACUCCUCCACUCGCCCGACCGAGGGUUACGGGCAAGAACAACCUCCACCCCUGUCAUAAACAAAGCUCAGUCCAAAACCCGUCUGUACCAGGGGACCACUUCCUACCACAGAAACACAGGUCCUCGCCGCCUUCCCCUGACGCUGUGGGAGAGCAACAUGGUGAACCGGCUGCAGCAGCCCACGCACUCCUACCUGGCACGAAGUCGCAGUGCCAUGAGUCUCUCUGGAGAGCACGCAGCCAUGCCUGUGUGUCCUCGCUCAGUGUCGUGCCACCCCAUGGGCUCCAUGUCAUUCAAGACCCUUCAGGCCCGCCCGCUCUCUCACAGCCGCAGCCACGACCGCAGCCUCUCCAGGGAGACGGCCUCGUCCGUGGCCGCUCGCAGGAGGACCACCGGGACGUUAACGACGCCGCAGAAGAACCGCGACUCAGUCAGGAAGUCCUGGAGCAACUUGUCGCUGCCUCUGGGUCCCUCGCUUACCUUGCCCCUUAAAUUGCGAUCCUCAUCGCCGGUCAAAAGGAACGCAAAAGUUGCGGUGCUCUCUCCUGGAAGGCCCCCUCAGAGGGUCACAGGACGCCCUCCGACCCCCAAGAUGCUUAAGUCUCCUGCGGCAGAGGACCCCGGAAACCUGCGCCCUAUCCAAGUCUCGCCCGAGAUUCCGCAGCCGCCGGCGCCCGGCAAGACCCAAGAAGCGGAGGACGAGCCGGUUCUCAGUCCUCCGCCGCCAGCGGAACAAAGCAAGACGGCACAAACGACAAGGACGGCACCCAGCGACGCAGCCCCGAAGCCUUCUGCCGGGACCACGGAUCGAGAGGAGGCCAGCCGCAUCCUAGCUGAGAACCGGCGGCUGGUCCGCGAACAGAGAGAACGGGAGGAAGAGGAGCAAAGGCAGCAGGAGGAGCAGGCCAGGUUAGCCAAGGAGGAGAUGGCCCGUCGCAAGGCCGAGGAGCGAGCGAGGCGAGAGGAGGAGGCCCAGCGGCAAGCGGACGAGAGGAGGCUGAAGGAAGAGGAGGAGACCAGGAUGGCGGAGGAGCGACUCCAGCAAGAGAGAGAGGAGGCGGAGAGAGUCCAGAAACAGCGGGAGGAGGAAGAAUCUCGGCAGAAGGAGGAGACGGAGAGACUGAGGCAGGAGAGGGAGAAGCACUUCCAGAAAGAGGAGGCAGAGCGGUUGGAACGCAAGAAGCGGCUGGAGGAGAUCAUGAAGAGGACCAGGCGGUCUGACACCGCAGACAAGAAAGAAUCCCCCAGCAAGAACACGGACGGCCCAGUGGACGCCGCCUCUCCAGGCCCAUCCCGUGGGAAUCCCGCCCCGCAUAGCAACGGUUGCCAGGCAGACAGCAACUUGAACGCCGACACUUCGACGCACAACCCUCUGAUUCAGAGGGAGAACGGAGCGUUCGAGGAGGCGCUUGAGCCACCUUCGCAUUCCAGGUUGAAGGAAGACGAGCAGCGGCAGGAGGACGAGAGAGUUGAUGUCAUGGUCUUCAGGGAGAACGGCUUCCCAAAGCCCCUCAGCGCUGGAGUGGACGAUAUAACAGUCCAGCAGGGAGCAGACGUCGCCUGAUUGGGACAGGAUGAUACGCACGCCCACAAAGAACCAGGAAAGAAGACGCUUGGAUGCAGAAGAUUACGCGAAACCCAACAAAAGGCUCUUAAAGCAUCGUAGCCGUCCUCUUGAACUGCCUGCAAAGAGACGACAACAUCCAUGUUUCCCCUACGACGGUAACUCCAAAGAGCACCCUUCAAAAUGGGGUGCUCUUAUUGAGGCAGUGUUUUUUUGGCGGGCUGGGGUGGGGGGCGGGUGGACACAGCCCUCUCAGAAUCAACCACCAAAGGGGAAAUAUGAGAUUCACUCCAACAACAACGGCAAACUGAGAUGAGUUGUAAAAUCUUUAAUUGUGAAACUUGAGGUGUGUUUUUUUUGUUUGUUUUGUUUUGUUUUCCCCCGCUUGUUUGACAGGUAGCGUCAGCAACGCGGGGCGAAAGCACAACUUGUUUGGUUGGAGCUAAAGGCGUCUGAAGAGGUUUGUGUCAGGUACCAUAUUUAAGAGGCUCUCCUAUUUAAUAGAGAUUAUUGUGGGGUGAGGCGCUGGGUUACAACAACUACUGAUUUAUUUUGAAGUUUAAUUGCUGUACAUCUGUUGUAGUUCAACUUCCGCCGAGCUCGCGGGAUGUUUAAUUUUGCAGUAAAUCUCAUUCCUUUGAUCCGGAGGGAAUCUUUUGGAAUACGUGCUGAUCGUUGUUUUCGGACGCCUUACCGUGUUUAAAAGUAAGAAGAUGGUCGGGAAAUAACCUUUGCACUCAGACUUGCGUCUCAUGCAGGACUGCUAACGAGGACGCCGAUGAUGAUUGGAGCUCACAAAUGUCUUUAACAGAAACCCGCACAGACUAAAUUAUUGCAGAAUAGCCAUUGUAUACAGAACAGUCACUAUAUUUUCCUACGAAUUACCUGAGUAAAGAAAAGAGCUGUAUUGUUGUUUGAAAAUAAAUUUCCUUGACAUGUUA